GCUGACUCCCGAGGAAGCAACGGGACCUGCGACCGGACCGGGCGCCUCUACCUGUAUCACUACAACGAGGAGCAGCCCUACAUCCCGCUGACCGAAAUCCAGAGGAUGGACACUGCCGCCAUCCUGGACAUCAAAUGGUGCCACAUUCCCGUUGCGGAACAUCCCAUGGUUGGCAUUGCAAACUCGACAGGCGCCGUGGAGUUUUGCCACCUGACUGGGAGCGAGAAGAACAGCUGCAUGUUGGAGCCGUGCUUCAGGGUCGAUCUCGGGGCACAGCGUCUGGCCUUGUCUUUAGACUGGUCCACAGGACGAGAGCAAUGUGGAUGUCCUUUGAGAGUGAUCAACAGUGAUUCAGAGGGGAAGCUGAAUCUUUUCUCCAUAGAUGAAUCAGCUCCUUCUGUGCAUGUCCUGAACCAGUGGGAAGCUCACAAAUUUGAGGCCUGGAUUGCUGCUUUUAAUUACUGGAACACCGAUAUUGUGUAUUCAGGAGGAGAUGACAGCCUGCUGAAGGGCUGGGACACCAGAUGCAGUCCGGAGACUCCUGUCUUCACCUGCAGGAGACACUCGAUGGGUGUGUGCAGCAUUCAGUGCAGUCCCCACCGGGAGAAUCUCCUGGCUACUGGCAGCUACGACGAGCACGUGCUGUUAUGGGACACCAGGAACAUGAAGCAGCCGCUGGCAGACACUCACGUUGAAGGCGGAGUUUGGAGGCUGAAGUGGCACCCAAGCUGUGAUUUCGUGCUGUUGGCAGCCUGCAUGCAGAGCGGAUUCAAAAUCCUCGACUGCCGCGGAAGCAUGGCGGAAAACACGGAGGAAUGUAUCAUCCUGUCAUCCUAUGUCUUGCACAAUUCCUUGGCCUACGGGGCUGACUGGUCAAGGCUGUGUCCAAGGGAUUCCUUGACUGUGACACAGGACUUUGCUGCCUGCCAGUCUUCGGAGGAGCUUGUGGGAAGAUCAGAGGAAGGAGAUGAGAGACUGAAUUUGCAGGUCCAAAACCUGAAGAUAAUUUAUGAGUCUCCUACAGCUACUUUUGAUGUAAUAUUGGACGAGGAGAGUGAAAGCCCUGCCGCGUCGCUCGAAGCAGAGGCGGGUCCUAAGCUGUCUGGGGAUCCUGGCCUGGUUAGGGGCCCUGAUUUAAAGGGGAGUUCCGAUUUGGCUGGGGGUCCUGACCGAGGCAGAGAUCCCGAGUCAGCCCGUGGUUCUGACUCAGGAGCUAAGAGACCCAAUGGAACGGGCCUGGACAGGAGCAGUGAUUCAACCAGGUCUUUAGACAGCCCGAAAGAAAUGAGCAUUGUAGCAACUUGUUCUUUCUAUGACAAUAUCCUCCAUGUGUGGAAGUGGGAGAUGAGCCUGGUGGCCCCUUCGGAGACGCCAAGUACUAGAUCUGUCUCUGAAAGAACAGUUGAAAGCUUGCAUUGA